CUGCGCCUUUCAGCCUGGGCCCCUGGGGGCCCCAGAGACGUCUCUCUGACCACCUAGGUCACCCCCCCAGCCCCUGGAAGGCGAGGGCAGCGCCAUCCCCCUGGAUCCUCACCCGCUCAGCCCUGGGUGUCAUUUAAUCAAGUGCCUGAGCCCCCUCCUCCAGCCCCGAGGAUAAGGCCGAGGCGGUCCUAUGCACCUGCGCUAGACGCUGCACUCCGCUGCGGUCCGGGGAGGCUGCCCUCAGAGGGGUCUGCGGGGGAGGGUGGCGGCGGGGACGACGCAGAGCCGAGCUCCCCUCGGUGCUGGAAGCAUCCCUCCCCUUGCCGCGUCUAGCUCGGCGCAGGCCUGAGAUCCGAGUGGGAUUCCCGGGCUGGCCCCUGCUUUGCCCAGAUUGAGAUUGAUUUGGAGACAUGUCAGCGUCGUUAAAAGAAAGCCUUCAGCUUCAGCUGCUGGAGAUGGAAAUGCUGUUGUCUAUGUUCCCUAACCAAGGAGAAGUAAAACUUGACGAUGUAAACGCCCUAACAAACAUAAAGAGGUAUCUGGAAGGCACUAGGGAAGCGCUCCCACCCAACAUCGAAUUUGUGAUCACGCUCCAAAUUGAGGAGCCCAAGGUGACAAUUGACUUGCAAGUAACCAUGCCGCACAGCUACCCAUACGUGGCUUUGCAGCUGUUUGGACGGUCACCUGAGCUUGACAGACAGCAGCAGCUUCUUCUCAACCAAGCUCUCACGGCUUAUCUAGGGACCUUUGAUCCGGGUGAGCUGUGCGUCGGUGCAGCAAUCCAGUGGCUGCAGGACAACAGCGCAUCCUACUUCCUCAACAGAAAGCUGUCAGGUGAGCCAUCCACACAAGCAAAGCCAGUCAAGAACACAUUCCUCCGAAUGUGGAUCUACAGCCACCACAUAUAUCAGCAGGACCUAAGGAAAAAGAUUUUGGAAGUGGGGAAAAGGUUAGAUGUGACUGGAUUCUGCAUGACGGGAAAGCCCGGCAUAAUCUGCGUGGAGGGCUUCAAGAAUCACUGUGAGGAAUUCUGGCACACCAUCCGAUACCCCAACUGGAAACACAUUUCCUGUAAGCACGCCGAGAGUGUGGAGACGGAGGGGGACGGAGAGGACCUGCGCCUCUUCCAUUCUUUUGAGGAAUUACUCCUUGAAGCCCAUGGUGAUUACGGACUGAGGAAUGAUUAUCACAUGAACCUGGGCCAGUUCCUGGAGUUCCUCAGAAAACACAAAAGUGAGCAUGUUUUCCAGAUACUAUUUGGUAUUGAAAGCAAAAGUUCAGAGUCCUAAGACUCAAAUGUCUAUGCUUGUCAUUGCAUUAAGUAUUUAUGUUACUAAGGCCAAAAUAAAAAAAAUAAAAUAAAAUAAGCCAGUAACUAUAUAGAAUUCUGGGUUAAAAAAAAAAAAAAAAAAAAAAAACCCUUGUUGUAGAAAUUUCCAUCUGCUAACAAAGCAAAUGCGCCUUUUAACUUUCUGUCAGUGUAACUGUGUCGUUGUUUCCAUGUUUCUGUGUAAUGUCGUACCUGAAUAGCAUUGAAUUAUAAAUUAAUAAAGUAAUAUAUUUAACCAGA